AGCCGGGCAGUGAAUGGUGGGAAUCAAGAUGGCGGCGGCAGCGGCAGCAGCCAGUAUUCGGGAAAGGCAGACAGUGGCUUUGAAGCGUAUGUUGAAUUUCAAUGUGCCUCAUGUUAAAAACAGCACUGGAGAACCAGUAUGGAAGGUGCUCAUUUAUGACCGGUUUGGCCAAGAUAUCAUCUCCCCUCUGCUAUCUGUGAAGGAGCUGAGAGACAUGGGAAUCACUCUGCAUCUGCUUUUACACUCUGAUCGAGAUCCUAUUCCAGAUGUUCCUGCAGUGUACUUUGUAAUGCCAACUGAAGAAAAUAUUGAUAGAAUGUGCCAGGAUCUUCGAAAUCAAAUCUAUGAAUCAUAUUAUUUAAAUUUUAUUUCUGCUAUUUCAAGAAGUAAACUGGAAGAUAUUGCAAAUGCAGCAUUAGCAGCUAGUGCAGUAGCACAAGUAGCCAAGGUUUUUGAUCAGUAUCUCAAUUUUAUUACUUUGGAAGAUGAUAUGUUUGUAUUAUGUAAUCAAAAUAAGGAACUUGUUUCAUAUCGUGCCAUCAACAGGCCAGAUAUCACAGAUACAGAAAUGGAAACUGUUAUGGAUACUAUUGUUGACAGCCUCUUCUGCUUUUUUGUUACACUGGGUGCUGUUCCUAUAAUCAGAUGUUCAAGAGGAACAGCAGCAGAAAUGGUAGCAGUGAAACUAGAUAAGAAACUUCGGGAAAAUCUAAGAGAUGCAAGAAACAGUCUUUUUACAGGUGAUACACUUGGAGCGGGCCAAUUCAGCUUCCAAAGGCCUUUAUUAGUCCUUGUUGACAGAAACAUAGAUCUGGCAACUCCUUUACACCAUACUUGGACAUAUCAAGCAUUGGUGCAUGAUGUACUGGAUUUCCACUUAAACAGAGUUAAUUUGGAAGAAUCUUCAGGAGUAGAAAACUCUCCAGCUGGUGCUAGACCAAAGAGAAAGAGCAAGAAGUCUUAUGAUUUAACUCCAGUGGAUAAAUUUUGGCAGAAACAUAAAGGAAGUCCAUUCCCAGAAGUUGCAGAAUCAGUUCAGCAAGAACUGGAAUCUUAUAGAGCACAGGAAGAUGAGGUCAAACGACUUAAAAGCAUUAUGGGACUAGAAGGGGAAGAUGAAGGAGCCAUAAGUAUGCUUUCCGACAAUACUGCUAAGCUAACAUCAGCUGUUAGUUCUUUGCCAGAACUCCUUGAAAAAAAGAGACUUAUUGAUCUUCAUACGAAUGUUGCCACUGCUGUUUUAGAACAUAUAAAGGCAAGAAAACUGGAUGUAUAUUUUGAAUAUGAAGAAAAAAUAAUGAGCAAAACUACUCUGGAUAAAUCUCUUCUAGAUAUAAUAUCAGACCCUGAUGGUAUGUACCAUAAAUUUGAGGCUGAUUUGGAACAAUAUAAAAAAGCUUUAACUGAUGCAGGAUGCAACCUUAAUCCCUUACAAUAUAUCAAAAAGUGGAAGGCUUUUGGUAAGAUGGCCUCAGCUCCUGCCAGCUAUGGCAACAUGACCACUAAACCAAUGGGUCUCUUGUCACGAGUCAUGAAUACAGGAUCACAGUUUGUGAUGGAAGGAGUGAAGAAUCUGGUAUUGAAACAGCAAAAUCUGCCUGUUACUCGUAUUUUAGACAAUCUCAUGGAGAUGAAGUCAAACCCUGAAACUGAUGACUAUAGAUAUUUUGAUCCCAAAAUGCUACGGGGCAAUGACAGCUCAGUUCCCAGGAGCAAAAAUCCAUUCCAAGAGGCAAUUGUUUUUGUGGUGGGAGGAGGCAACUACAUUGAAUAUCAAAAUCUGGUUGACUACAUAAAGGGGAAACAAGGCAAACAUGUUUUAUAUGGCUGCAGUGAAAUUUUCAAUGCUACACAGUUCAUAAAACAGUUGUCACAACUUGGACAAAAAUGACACAGAAGAACCUUAAUAUGAUAAUCUACUUGGAACUUGGCUAAAUGUAAAAAGAAAAGUCAAAGGAGCCAGAUGUUUUCUUCUCUAUGACAAUAUUCUAACAGUGAAACUCAGUUAUUUGUUAAUUUUUAAGGAAAUUCUAUACUUAAUAUAAUAUGUACUGAUUAAAAGAAAAGAAUAAAACAUUUAAGAAAUAAA